AUGGAAGCUGUGGAAGCUGUCCGGAGGCUGCCAGUUCUGAGUUCUGAUACAAUCAUUGAGUCACUGAAGGAUGAGCUGCCAGUGCACAAAGCUGCAUGCGCUGAUUUGCCUGGCGACACUGACAUCGUUGGAUGGUGGCGAAGGCAAAACCACCUACCCAACUGGAAGGCGGCGGUUUUGAAGAUGCUGCCUAUCACGCCUUCAUCUGCAGCUGUUGAGCGAGUGGUCUCUCUCCUUAACUCGAUGACAGGUCGCAAACAGCGCACGGUAUUCACGCCCGGGCAGAGGGCCUCUCUCAUUGCAUUCUUUCAGAGAAAUGAGUGUCCCAACAUUCCAGAUAUGUUGGGGAUUGCUACCGAUCUUGAUUUACCGGAGAGGACAAUAAAGGUCUGGUUUCAAAACCGCCGGCGACAAGAAAAGAUAACAUCGACACACACGCAUGCCAACGCAACGACACUCAUGACAGGGCAACAGCAGCAGCAACAGCAGCUUCAAGAGCAGCAGCUGCAACAGCGAUCCGGGAUGCUAAUGCAACAGCAGUGGCAGCUGCAACAGGAACAGCUUCAACAAGAGCCGCUUCAACAGGAGCAGCUUCAACAGGAGCAGCUUCGACAGGAGCAGCUUCGACAGGAGCAGCUUCGACAGGAGCAGCUUCACCAGGAGCAGCUUCGACAGGAGCAGCUGCAACAGCAGUGGCAGCUACAACAGGAUCAGCUGCAAUGGCAGCAUUAUCUGCAGCAGUGGAAAAAGCAAGCCUGGACACCGCCACAGUUAAGAACAGCUUCGCAGGGAAGCAGCACGCCCAGCGGCUCCGAUCCGAACUCUCAUUGGCAGACUCAACAGGAGCAGCUUCAACAGGAGCAGCUUCUACAGGAGCAGCUUCGACAGGAGCAGCUUCGACAGGAGCAGCUUCGACAGGAGCAGCUUCACCAGGAGCAGCUUCGACAGGAGCAGCUGCAACAGCAGUGGCAGCUACAACAGGAUCAGCUGCAAUGGCAGCAUUAUCUGCAGCAGUGGAAAAAGCAAGCCUGGACACCGCCACAGUUAAGAACAGCUUCGCAGGGAAGCAGCACGCCCAGCGGCUCCGAUCCGAACUCUCAUUGGCAGACUCAACAGGAGCAGCUUCGACAGGAGCAGCGUCAACAGGAGCAGCUACAACAGGAGCAGCUGCAAUGGCAGCAUUAUCUGGAGCAGUGGAAACAGCAAGCCUGGACACCGCCACAGUUAAAGGGAAGCUGAAUG